AUGUCUACUCGGUCCCCUGAAAAAUCAGAAGAAAAGGAUGAUUUUGAUGGCAUGUCUAGUGAUUUAGUUGACAAAGAAGAAAACUCUGUAGAGAAGAAGGAUCAAUCUACAGACAUAAUGAAUAUAUAUGAUAUGGACUCUGAUGAUGAUCCCAUCGGUAAAAGACUGGCUCCAAGAAUAGCAAAAAGGUUAAAGAACAGAAAAGUCAAGGCAGUUGAAUCCUAUAACAUGCCCUCAAAAUCUCUAAGGAGAAGAACGAGUGUUGGGCCUACAAAAGGAUGGAGCAAGGUUGUCACUCCUAUCUCCAAGAAGAAAUCUUUGAACGUGAUGUCGAGUUUGACUGUGAUGUCGAACAAUGUAGAAAAGUGGAAUUUUGUUUACCAAAGGAGACUGGAAUUAGAAAGAGAACUUGGGAAAGAUGCUUUUGAGUGCAAAGAAGUGAUGGGUCUAAUUCAAGAAGUUGGAUUGACGAAAAGUGUGACUGGCUUUGGCAAGUGCUACGAAAUGCUUGUUAAAGAAUUCGUAGUGAAUAUCUCUAAGGAGUGUGAUAACAAGAUAAGUAAGGAGUUUAGAAAGGUUUAUGUAAGAGGAAUGUGUGUGGAAUUCUCCCCCGAAAUCAUAAAUAUGUUUUGGGGCAUAAAUGGAAAAGAACAAAUUGAGGUGGAAGUUUCUGACAAUGUCAUUUGCAGAGAAGUUACAGAAAAACAAGUGAAGGAAUGGCCUAGAAAACGGGAGUUGUCAACAAGCUACUUGAGUGUGAACUAA